AUGAGAAGUAAGAGAAUAUGUGUUUAUACGAUUCUAGCAUCGAUAGCCAGGGCAGAAAUAUUUGUUCCAGAGGAUGUAAAUGAGAGUGAUCUGGCCAAUGCUAAUGCAGAGAAAUCUGAAGACAACUAUGCAUCACGAGAGGAUCCGUUCUCGGCCAGCUUGCUUCCUGAAGAAGAAAAUGACGAGUCAAUAAACAGCAACCGUUCAAACUUAAUUGAGAACGAGCAAAAUGAAGUGGGCAGCAAUCUCUCGGAAAGUGCAGAGCAGAACACUGAGCCCGACUUGACAAAAGAUAAUAAUGCGAAUGAUUUGCAGCAAGAUCAAACUGCAGAACAGAAUCCAAAUGUGUCUAAACUUGUGUCGUCAUCUAAAAUGGGCGUGCCCUACUGGACAGAGGUCGUUUUAAAUAAGCAGAAACAAAGUGUUUUGGUAAAUGUCAAAACAGUUACUAUUAUUGAGUCAGUUGCAGGAGCAAAGGUGUCAUCCAGUACUAGGGAUCAGACUCAGACGGCAGCAGACAAGAAAGAGAAGUCUGUGUCAGCUCCUAAGGUGGCAUCAGUCCACAGCACAUCAUCUCAAAGUGCAUCGUCUACACAAGCCUCUCCAUAUAUCAAAAUACAAAUGCCAACACCUCAUUCAUCUGUCUCAAAGCCAGCUACCCUGCAUAAAGCAUCGACCACAAAGACAAUAACAAGUAGCGUUGCCAAAAAAUCAUCUGCACCAGCCAAGAGUGCCUCAGCGAAGUCCUCGUCGGCUGUUAAAAGUGUCAGUCAAAAGUCUAAAUCUGCAUCUCAUUCAUCAGUGGUCAAAGAGGAUGCCUUCGCAAAGCAUUCUUCCAGCCGUGUGCCACAAAUUAAAACACCAGCAUCUACCAAAUCAGCAAAUGUGGAUACUAGUACAUCUGUGGGUUCCAUUUUCGAUAUUCUUAAAAAUCUGCCUUCUGGUGGCAAAGAAAGCGAGAGUGUGUUUGUAGAAGGUAGCUUUAAAUUCCCUAAGAAAAAAGAGAUCAAUGAUAAGGUUUUCAAGUUGAGUGGAUACAUUUCAACCAGCUAA